GGAAAACUAAGCCGCGCUAGGCCCCGCCCACCAAUUCGCUCGUGCAACCGGAGACUCGCGGAGGGUUCCGCUGCUGUCAGACUCCACCGAUUAACGUUUGCCAGACUUGGAUAAGAGUGGACAAAGGGGCUCGGGGCCGGAGAAGGGAUUCACAACAUUUUUGGAAGAGGCUCGUCAGUGGAUUGUGAUCAUCUCGUGAAGAGUUUACCGGAGGUUACGUGAUGACCACGAAAGCCACGUGUUUAUGUUGAUACUGCUGAAGCCGUCUAUAACGCGGACAUUCUUGAGAUCAGGUUGCACUAUACCAGAGGUUGAAGCUGGACACUGGUGAUGUCACUGCAAAUGAAUGAGCCGGAGGGAGCCGUGAAGGUAGAACAGUGGCGGCAGACGUUUUAUGCCUCUGACUCGGGGAUACAGUCGGGAGCCACCACCAUCCGCGAUGAGGAAGAAUUGGAAUGCAGUAGCAGAAAGUUCACAGUCACAUCCACCACUGUGGAGAACGCCACAGAUAUCGAAGCCCAAUACAGUCUGACUCGGGCUCAGAGAGUACGUGCUGCUAUGUUCCCUGAGACUCUUGUGGAGGGAGAGACGGCCCUCACCACGCAGAGCAACCCAGACCAGCCCACCAAUGUCCAGAGACUGGCCGAACCCUCACAGCUCCUAAAAACAGCCAUCGUCCAUCUCAUAAACUAUCAAGAUGAUGCUGAGCUGGCCACACGGGCUGUACCAGAACUCACCAAACUGCUGGCCGAUGAGGACCAGGUGGUGGUAAACAAGGCUGCCCUCAUUGUAAACCAGCUGACGAGGAAGGAAGCGUCUCGUCGCGUUCUCAUCCAGUCUCCACAGAUGAUCGCUGCUGUGGUGAGAGCCAUGCAGAGCACCGGAGAUCUGGAAACGGCUCGGUGCGCCGCCAGUGUUCUGCACAGCCUCUCCCAUCAGCGCGAGGGCCUGCUGGCCAUCUUCAAAUCCGGCGGCAUUCCCGCGCUAGUGCGCAUGCUCAGUUCACCCAUGGAGUCAGUGCUGUUUUAUGCCAUUACCACAUUACACAACCUGUUACUGCACCAGGAAGGAGCCAAGAUGGCCGUUCGUCUGGCCGAUGGUCUUCAGAGGAUGGUGCCACUGCUGAAGAAGACCAACCCCAAAUUCUUGGCCAUCACCACAGACUGCUUGCAGCUGCUUUCUUAUGGCAACCAGGAGAGCAAGUUGAUCAUCCUGGCAAACGGUGGGCCGGAAAGUUUGGUGUUCAUUAUGAGAAACUACAACUAUGAAAAGCUUUUGUGGACCACCAGUAGAGUUUUGAAGGUUCUCUCUGUUUGUCCGAGCAACAAACCGGCUAUUGUUGAAGCUGGAGGUAUGCAGGCCCUCGGCCAACAUCUCACAGGAUCAAGUCAGCGGCUGACGCAGAACUGCCUGUGGACUCUACGUAAUCUUUCUGACGCUGCAACCAAACAGGAAGGUCUCGAUGGUCUUCUGCAAAUCUUAGUGAAUCAGCUCGGCUCGGAUGAUGUGAACAUGUUGACCUGUGCUACGGGCAUCCUGUCAAACCUCACCUGCAACAACGCACGCAACAAGGCCCUGGUCGCUCAGAGCGGUGGCGUCGAGGCUCUGAUCCACGCUGUGCUUCGGGCAGGAGAGAAAGAAGACGUGGCCGAGCCCGCCGUCUGCGCCCUGCGUCAUCUCACGAGCCGUCACCCCGACGCGGAGCUGGCACAGAAUGCAGUGCGGCUGCAUUACGGCAUCCCCGCUAUCACUAAACUACUGGGCCAGCCGCACUACUGGCCUGUGGUGAAGGCCACAGUGGGUUUGAUUCGCAACUUAGCUCUCUGUCCAUCCAAUCAGGCACCUUUAAGGGAAUCUGGGACAAUCCCACGAUUGAUCAACCUUCUACUAAAAGCCCAUCAAGAAACUCAAAGACACGGCUCAGGUGCACAGCAGACCUAUCAGGAUGGCGUGCGUAUGGAGGAGAUUGUUGAAGGUUGUACAGGAGCUUUGCACAUACUGGCCAGAGAUCCAAUCAACCGAGGGGAAAUUGCCAGCAUGCAGACUAUUCCUCUGUUUGUACAACUUCUCUACUCAUACGUGGAGAACAUAAAGCGUGUAUCCGCUGGUGUUUUGUGUGAACUUGCUCUGGAUAAGCAGUCGGCUGAGAUGAUUGAUGCCGAGGGCGCCUCCGCUCCUCUGAUGGAGCUUCUGCAUUCUCCCAAUGAGGGGAUCGCCACCUACGCCGCAGCUGUACUCUUUCGUAUCUCUGAAGACAAGAGUUCAGACUACAGAAAGCGAGUGUCAGUAGAGCUCACACACUCCCUCUUCAAACACGACCCUGCGGCUUGGGAAAUGGCACAUGCUGCUAUGCCGCUCGACCCUGGAUACAUACCGGAUGAGUUGGAUCCAGUAUACCAUCCAUACGGUUACUCUGAUUUACCCUUGGAUGGCCUCCCACUGGACCCUGACCUUCAUGAGCAAUACAUGCCAGAAAUGACCUAUGACCCUCGACAGGUGUACCCAAAUCCUCUUUAACCGCACUGCCAGCAGGUCAUAUGAAGCAGAUGUUGGUGAACACGGUUUCUUCCCUGCAGCAGGGCCUGAAAAUGCGCAGUGCUAAAAAGAAGAAAACUCAUCACUUGCUUUGGUUCACCACUGGUUGUUUGUAAUGUGAACUCUUGAGCACUGCCUAACUCAUUUCAGUAUCUUGUGCUACUAACAGAGUGACAGCCUAAAGUUGUGUGGUGAUGCGAUAAGCAUGUGAUCAUGACAUGUAAAUUUUGUACUUUAUAUUGUUUGUCCAAAGAUAGAAAACUAGACAUGUAGCAUAGGCCUAGCUGGCUAUCUGCUCCGCCACAACAGGGUUUGUUUCGAUUUAUGUUGCUUUCUGUGUAUUUGUGGCUAUCAGAUGUCGCUGCUGGGUAGAAAAAUAGACAAGAGCAACAAAACUUAAAAGCUACAGUGACAGAAACUUGUUUGUAUAUUCAUAAUCCCACUUAAUCCCAAGACAUUGACAUUGUUGCCUCACCUUUAUCUGGUACUACACAAAGGAUCUCAAACAACUACUCAUCAGACACUCACAAUUCCAAGGUCAAAUCUUGCGUAAUAUGGGAUUUUAAGGCAUCCCUAGGUGACAUAAUUUAACAGAAGCACUUUUAACAAACGUUUGGCUGUGUUUUGAGAAACAAACUGAUAUUCAGUUACAAGAAAAGGUUUGUGGGUUUGUGUAAUAAUGAGAUGAGAUGACAUUAUUUUGUAGAAAGCAUUGUUUGAUGUUUAGAAAAUUAUUUUGACUAUCAUUUUGCCCAUUAAAUAUGUGAAAGAUUUUCUUACCCAGAAUGACUUUACUUCAAACGUAUUUUUAUUGUAAAUGUUGUCAUGCUUAAUUUUAGUAUUCAUUGGUUUACAGUAACAGGUAUGAGAAAAUGUUGUAAUAUAUCCCCAUAUUUGUAGUCUAUUUUAGAGAUACCUAACCUAUUAUAAAGUAUUUAUUUUUUUGUUUAUGCUAUUAUAUUUGCUUUCACAUACAGUAUCAAAGGCACAAUGGCAUUAACCAACAUCAGUUUUAUCCAUUUAGCUUUCUUAUUUUUAUUAUACUGUGUGAAAUUUUAGUACACAGCGAUGGAUCGUUACGCGUUCAGUGUGAAAGCUCGGAUCGGUACUUCAUUUAGUGGAAGUUACGUUUAUAGAUCAGAACUAUUAUUACACAAAUACAAUAUACAGUAAAAUUGUUAGCUAGACGAGAUCAAAAUGAUCCAAUCAAUGCCGUUAUCUUAAAUCCCCUAUUUAUCUACAUCCCUUAAACUUCAAAUAUUUUUUUACACAGAAACUAUACUGUUUUACAUCAUUGUACAUAAGGUAUGUGCCAAUGUCCUUUUUUAAUGACAUGAAAUAUUUGAUCAUAAUAUGAUAUACAAGAGUUCUUGUACAGUAUGUGCAUUUGCAGACCUGUGUUAUGGUUGCAGAUUCAUGAUAUUACAAUAAACAUCAAGCAAAAUGUAUUAACUGUAAUAGUUGGGGUAUUCAAGGGGAGUUGUAACAUAUUAGUUCACUGUAAAAAAAAUGGUUUAAGUUAUAAAAAUGUAAGUUACCUGGCUGCCUUAUAAUUUUGAGUUCAUUCAACUAAAAAAAAAUAGUUGACUCAAAAAAGUGGAAAAAAAAUUUGUGUUAACUAAGGCAACCAGCUAACUUAAUUUUUUAAGUUGAAUUUUUUUUUUACAGUGACUAUUCUCUUAAUUUAAUACUGACAAGUGUUACAAUUGCCCUGGUUAUCAAUCUCAUAUUAUAACUCUUUUUCAGUUGCAGUGUUAUUCAUGUAACCUUCAGAUUAAAUUCACAUGGAUCCACACAUUGAACGUGCCAAAUAAAUAUUGGACUUUCAUAGAAAUAUACCUCAAAAUACUUGUGCAUUAUUUUUUUUCAAGCAGACACAAAAUGGAGCGUGAUUCAGCGCAAUGCAUGAAUUUGCCUUCUCUAUCUACUGUUUUUUUUUCUUUCUAGCCUGAAAAACAGGAUUCAGGCAGACCUGCCAUGUGUCAUGUUAGAAUUUACAAGUUUUGUGAGUGAUAUGUGAAGUGUUUAAGAGAUUAAGGGAUAUAUAGAUCUGUCAAUGCUGUUAUCAUUUCAACAUUUCCACCUGCCAAAAUUAAGUGAACAGGAUGUUAAAAGGAAGCCACACUGAAUAUGCAGUUAGACUAAAACAUUUUAGUUUUUUUUUUCAAAUAAAUAAAAU